AUGAGUAGGUCAGGGUCGGAAGAAGAACGUUUUUCUUCUGAUGAAGGUAUGGAAGAAUUGGGAGAUUUUAUCGUGUCAGAUGAGGAGCCAAAUCACGAAUCGGCUCGAGAUGACGAUGCAGAAGUGCAUAAUGAUAGGUUAUUACAAAUGACUAGCACAUUGAAGCCAAAUGAAUCCCAAACACAAAAGCUCUUGAGAGCACAUAUAUCUGUAUUGGUAUCAGCUUUAGGGGGACCAGAUCAUACAUCGCCUAUAUCCCCACCACCGUACAAGUUGGGACAAGACGCGUUAGCAUGCUUAAAGGAUAUUAAAAGAUGGAUCAAAUCGGUAGACGAAAAAAAAGGCAAUUUUGACGUAGCGCUAGCAUGUGCUGAUUCAGGGCUUGUAGUUAAUGACCUACUUGUAAUUUUAUGUCAAUGGGAUAGCCAACAAAAUUCAAAAAAGCCGUUGAAGAAUGCUAGAACCAUGGAAAAGAUUAUGCUCUCGUGUUUGGAAUUGUUGGUGUUACUUACAUGGCCUACAGACUUGAAUUCUGAGCUGUCUGAGAAUCAAAAGCUCCAUUUUGCAAGUGUCAGGAAAAGUCAAAUUGUUUACAAAAAGCAUAUUUUAGCAUAUAACAAAGGUCAAACCCUUAAGGCAGUAAUUAGACUUGUGUUACCUACUAUAGCGAAACAUAGAAUAGAUAGAGAGCCAAGAGAUAAUGCUAUAUUAAGGUUGGUCCUAUUUUUUAUAAGAAAUGUUUUGAAUAUUGAACCUGCAAACUCUUCUAUUUCUACAAAGUCCAGAAAACAUGUCACUAACUUGGAUAAUCUACCUACAAAUGUUAAUUAUGACGAUAUCUCUAUGAAUGCUGUGUUAUCUUGUUUCAAAAAUAAUAAGGUUUUGAUGUUCUUACUUACACUUUCAGGCUCUUUGGGUACUGAUUUUGAUAAAGAAACAUUCGGCCAGCCAUGCCUAGAAUGUAUUUAUUUGAUCAUUAAAGGAGUCAAGACGCAAGAUAUUUUGAAUCCACAGCAGAACUCAAAACAACAACAAAGAUACCAACAACAGCAACGGGAGCAAUCUCAACAAGACCAGAAUCCAAUCCAAUCUGUAACAACAACAUCAGGAUUAGAAUUACAAGAUUUAUUAAGCGAAGAAUCAAAAAGGAAAAAGUUUCAAACUCAAAACAUUUCCACAAGACAUGGUAGAUUUGGAUCUCUUCUAUCUAUUCAAGGAAAUAAUACAUCCUAUGUGAUAUCCGGUCAAGAAGCGUUACUAGACACCAAUCUGUCACUAGCAAAAUUGGAUGAAUCAAAAAAGUGGAAUAACCGCUCGCACUUCAAAUAUGAUUCAGAUGAUUACGUUAAAGCUACUUCAGAAUUCUUGAACGGCUCAUCGGUUAUCAUAUUGAAAGAAUUCAUUGAACAAUUUCUCUCCGGGGGGUGCUUUAAUACUUUGAUUGAAUGUAUAGGAUGGUUAUUAUCUGGAACCAAUGACUUGAAUUAUGUUGAUGAUUAUGAAAAGGCAUGCUAUUUCUUAACAGUAGCUUGGUUCUUGAAUUAUAAAAGAGAACGGAAUGUGUUGUUCGAUAUUCUUGGAACUGCUAAUCUCGAUGAGGAUGACGAUGGAUUGGACUACGGAUCCGUUAGUGCAGGAUUAAGUGAAGUUAAUUUCAUUCUUAUAAUCUCUUAUUUUAGAGAAUCAUUUGAAGCAAAAAAUUGGAACUCGCUUCAUGUCGCCAUGAUUUGUUUUAAGGAAUUGUUAUUAAUAUCUUAUUCUAUAUUUUCAAGAUUUUCCGACAGGGGACUUCAAGGUGAGGAAGAAGCUGACGAUGACCAAGAAGAAAUAGAUAAGGAGUUAGCGGAAGGUAUAAUUAGAAAAUUAUUUUCAUUUAAUGACUUUUUGAAUAUUGUUAUCCAAAUACCUCAGACCGCCUCCAAACAUUCUCCGGAAUAUUUGAGCGUUUGCAUUUCAGUGGUUCAUAUAAUUUUGAAGUCUUUUGAAAGCUUUGCAAACGAAAAUAUCAAACUUUAUAUUCAAACAAAGCGUAAGCGAACUAAACAAAAUAAGAAAAGUAUAAAUACUCUAGAUAAAGCAACUGAGGAAUCCCUCAGAGAUGUAAUUGAAGGUUCCGACGAUGAACUUGAGAACGAAAGGGUAAAAGAAGUUUCAAGAGAAAGAAGAUUAGACUUCAAGGUCACAGAAGUUAGAUUUUUUCAAACUUCAAUAGUAUCCACUUAUGUUGAGUAUUUAUCUCGGUAUGAAGAAUUAACUCAUGAAGAAAUUAAAAGAUGCUUGUCAUAUUUUCAUAGACUAUUUGUUAUCAGAAAGGAUUUUACAGGGUUAUAUCGAAUGGACUUUAUGUAUAUCUUACAAAAAUUACGAAGCUACUUACCAAAGGGUUCGAGUACAAGGGAUCAUGUAGAUGAAUUUAUUUAUUACUUCAUGAAAAAAUUCAAGAAUGCAUUUGAACGUUUUCCAAACCCAGUUGAAAUAUUGUUCCCCAGAUUUGAAGACAUGGAAUAUAAAAUAUUCUUAGCUACUGGUGACCUUUACUUAAAGCCGGAGAAAAAUAACAAACGAUCAUCAGUCAAAAUAGCUAAGAAUAUAGAGUUCAUUCGAGAUAAUUUCAGUCUUGAUGAAAAACUCAAAAUUCUUGUUACUGUCUUGUACAUUCAAGAAAAAGAAUCGUUAGUGACCUGGGUUAUUCAAGAGCUUACAAAAAUUACGACAAAUCGUCUUAUGAAUUUAUCUUCAGAACAGAUUGAAUCAAACACGAAUGAGGCUGUCCAAUUAUAUCCACUAGAGCAGCAUCGUCGUUUAUUAAUUAAUAAUCCUUAUAUUAGAUUACUAUUGACAUUAGUUGGGUUUAAAGUUCCAUUCAUAUUGGAAGAGCCUUGUGAACUUCCUGACAACGUGGAAACUCUGAAUCUAACAGAAUGCUUAGAUUCUAUCAAAAUGUGGUCUAACAAACAGCCUGUUACUUUUGAUGAUGGCAAAGAUGCCAUGUUCUUCUUAAGGACGAAAGAAGGUUACAAUUAUGAACAAGAUGAUGACUAUGACGGUCAUUAUGAUGAAAAUGACGAGUCAAUUGCAUUUGAGACAGGUGCCAACCCAGAUGGUGAAAGGCAUAAUCUAAAUGAGCUUGAUGAAUUGGAUAAAUUAGAAGCAGCAUUAGAAGGCAAAUCCAAUAAAGAUACCGAUUUACCUAGAGGAGUUGCAAGAAUCAAAAACAAGAAACCUAAAAAGGACUUACCAAAAAAAUCGAAGGCCAAUUCUCGUAAAAAGCACCUUUCACGGCGUCCCCCAAAAUCAUUCAAAGUUGUAUCGGACGGUGAAGAAGAAAAACAAGAAAAAACUAAAUCUGCGGAAUUUGUUCAUGGUUCUGAUGACGAAUCAGACUACGAGAAGGAAAAUGAGUUUUUUGAUAGGGAAGAGAGAUUGCGUCGUUUGCUUGAGGAGUCUGGUGGAAUAGUUAAUCCAAAGCAGUUAGCCGAGUUUAAAGUAUCAUGGUCUAAACUAGAAUCUAGCAAUGGAACUGAUACCGCAAUUUCGGUAUCAAAAGCAAUUGAGAAUACUUCAUUUGUCGAAGAUACAAUGCCACACACGCAGAAUAUACCGGAGGAACUCACAUUAGGGGCAAUUAAUGAAUCAAAUUCCGAUAUUGAUACAUCUUCUGAUUCAGAACCAGAAUUAAAUGGUAGUGGGGCGGAAAGUGUCUCAGCUAUAGAGAAUGAUAAAACCAGUGUUAGUUCCUUUACUCCAGAUAUACAUAAUGAAACUAGCUCAAAGAAAAGACAUAUCAUACUUCAAGAUAGAGAUAGUGAAGACGAAGUAGAUAUAACCACUGGUAACCAUGAAAUUAAAGCAAGUAAUCCACGAAAGAGAAGGGUAGUAAUUAGUGAUGACGAAGAAUAA